AUGAGGCUCCGACCAGCCCCGCCGCUACCCUCCAAGAGCGAUCCCGAUGCUCCGAAACUGCCACCCAAGCCAGUACGCGAACUUGCGAAGGCUCUGUAUCCGUACGAUGCUCAGAACGGGGACGAGCUGAGCAUCAAACAGGGAGAUACGAUUGUUAUACUUACGAAAGAAGUUGAAGACGAGGGUUGGUGGAAAGGCGAGCUCAAUGGAAAGGUCGGGGUGUUCCCUGAUAACUUCGUCCAGCUGAUCCGUUCGGAACCAGACCUUGUGAUGUCGGGACAUUCGUCGCCCCAACCCGGAAAGCCGGAUCGGCCGGAUAAACCGGUCAAGGCUCUGAAGCCGGAUUUGACUCGCGACAAACCAGCUUCAUCGAUGAUGGGUUUCAAUCCCCAGAAUCAACCUCUUCCUCCUUUGCCUACGGAUAGCACGGCACCGACCGCAGCAGUCAAGGGCGACCAAGCUUCAGACAAACCGGUGUCUAAGGUUAGUCCCUUCGGGCCGCAGGAAGGCAUGUCUAUGAUGAAUGCUGCAGGUAUCGGAGGAAGGCCUCUCCUGACUUCGCAGAUUCGCAGACAGAACGGAGCCCUUCCCGUGUCGCUCAUUGCGGCACAAGCGGCCGAAAGGGCAAAUCUCAACAACCCUCACGCCAAUGGGGGACACCAUGAUUCAGCUCUGACGUCGUCGUCCGUGAGCACGACGCCCCAAGCGUCCGGAAACGGAGCCGGAACUUCGUCGGACGAGGCAAUCACACUCGACAGCAUAGAGAGUUCCGAGGGCAGACUCAAACAUCCCACGGCUGAUAGGGCGAGACCUCCCGCUAGAAGACCUCCAUCACAUAUUGGUUCUCCGCCUGGACACACGGAGACUAUCGCGGAAGAGAAUGGCGAUUCCCUUGUGGGGUCUACCAGCGCGGUGGCUCACCUGAACGGUCAUAACGGCCACAGUGGUCUCAACAACGGCCAACACGAGGACGGCAAGAGAACAUCUAUCAAAGACCUCACCUCAAAGUUCAACGAAGCCAACCUCGGGCCUGUACCCCAGGUGAUCAACCUCGCUGGCAAACCUUUCUCGAACGGAAGCAAACUAUCCGCGAGUAGUCUAAGCAAAGACGGUGAGGGAUUCCGUUGA